GGUCAAUAAAUUUAUUUUGUAUAUGUGGCAUUAUUUAUAGAAACCUCAAAAUUUGACAGUUGAGAUAAAAAGAUUUUACCGAAAUGUAGUGUGGUGCGAAAUGUCAUCCCGUCAAUCAAGAGAAAUUCCAGUAAAAUAUUAGAUUAUUGCUUCAAGCUGCGUAGAAAUUUUAAUCUUUUGAUAUGGUAUUUUUAUUAGCUGCGUUAGAAAAAUUCUUCAUCAAACAAACACAAAACAUUUAUUCAGUCGCCUGUCAGAUUUGUUUUUCCAUAUUAUGUCAAAUUUUCCUGGAAAAUCCCGAGAAAAAAGUAAAUUAUGGAUUGGUUAUGGCAUUGUCAACAAACUUGAUCUAUUCAGUUAUGGCAUAUUUUGUAAAGAGUAUUAGAGGCAUAUGUGCCAGUGGCAGAAGAACAAUGGAUACGACGCCUUCAUACAAAAAUAUUUUCAAAUGGUUUUGCAAGAUAAUUCUCGAAUGGCUUAAGGCUAUGGUUGCCGUAAUCUGUUUACGUGAACAAGGCAUCACUUACGAACCGAACUUGAUGUACAACACGCUGACUUUUACUUAUUACAUUUGCACUGAAAAAAUUUUCUUCGAUAUAAUUCUCAGUGCCGUAGAACACAUGGAAUUGGAAAUGAUGAACAGUCUCGAACAAAUGUAUGUUCCUUUGGUGUUGAAUUUGUUGGCUGUUGUGGCAGGAGUUUGCAUCACAUUGUACACGUCGGCUGCAGAAUAUUACCCAUUUAUUAUUAUCAGCGCUUAUUUCAUAGUUUACUUGAAAAUCAAAGACAUCUACUAUAAUUACUGGGAGUUAAUUCUUCCGGACAUGAAGAUAUUUUGCAGUUUUAAGUUCGCAACAGCCGAGGACAUACAAAAAUGGGAUGACAUUUGUGCAGUAUGUUUAAACAAGAUGACUCGUGCCAAGAUUACUCCCUGUAAACAUUUGUUCCAUCCAUAUUGUUUGAAACGAUGUCUGAAGAUCUCGCAUUAUUGUCCUUUGUGUAAACAAACGUUCGAUGAAAAUGGCAGUAAAUAAACACAUCCAGUAACGCAAUCUACUUAUUUUAGUGUGACAGGUCAUCCUCCUCAACGUUUUCCAUUUCAUAACAUAUUGAAUCUCAGUUUUAAUAAUCAGGACAAAGUAGUUAAACUUUUAGAAUCGAUGUCGUGAAGAUGAUUUGUUGAAAACAAUUGAUCUUAAUAAUUGUUUAAUAUUGGUGACCUAAAAAAUUCUGCCACAAUAAACCUAAGAACUGAGAAAAUUGUAUCUAUAACACCUAGAAGAUGUUGCUGGUAAUAAUGGAAAUCUACAAUAUAUAUGAAUGAAGAUUUUUCUGAAAAAGUCGUUGGAAGCAACUUAAAAUAUUUUGGUACCAUGUAAAUGCCUCAUACCUGUUUAAUAUCAAAUAGGUCAAAAUUUUAGUGUUAUUGUGAAAGGAUUAAUUUUGUAACAAGGAAUUAAUAAAUGAUUUGCUUAA